CGGAAACGGAAGCGGAAGCGCAGGUUUCCGCCCGCAGCGAGCGGAACCCGGAGCCGCGGCAGGGCAGCCCCGAUGGAGGCGUUGCGGGGCCCCCCCGGCUCCUAGUGCCGCGGCGGGAAGAGGGGCCCGAUCCGGGGCCCGAUCCGGCGGGCCCCGCAGGCAUGUCGGGGGCGCUGAGCAAGCGCGGGGACGUGGCCAACGACAACAGCCGCCUGGGCCUGGGCCUGGGCCUGAGCCUGAGCCUGGCGCUGCCCGCGCCCGCCCCGGACCCGCCGCGCCGCCCGGGCAGCACGGCCGAGGAGCCGGCCAACGCCAAGUGGGCCAAGGACGGGCAGAACCAGAUGCGGCGCGCCGCGGCGGCGCGGGACCAGAACCGCAACGAGCUGGCGCCCCUGGGCCCGGGCGACGAGGAGGACGAGGACGACGAGGACGAGGACGAGGGCGACGAGGACUCGACGCCGGUGCAGAGCGACCCGGUGACGGCCGAGUCGGAGCCCAGCUGGGAGCGGGCGCCGCGCGAGCUGGGCAAGAGCGCCAGCCGGCUCUUCGGGCCCCGCGGCAGCGCCGCCAGCGACGAGGACUCCAGCUGGGCCACGCUGAGCCAGGGCAGCCCCGCCGGCAGCUCCCCCGACGAUGCCGACUCGUUCUGGACCCGGAACUCCUUCGAGACGGACUCGGACCUGCCGGCCGGAUGGAUGCGGGUGCAGGACACGUCGGGCACCUACUACUGGCACAUCCCCACGGGCACCACCCAGUGGGAGCCGCCCGCCACCCUCGGCUCCCCCGGGCACACCCCCCCCGAUGAGCCCCAGCUCACCUGGACGGGCUUGGCGCAGGCUGAACGCUUUGAGAACGGCGACUUCUGGAAGGAUGACCCCGCAGAGGCUGUGACCCCAGAGCCCAGUGUGGAGGACAUGGAGCUACCCAACCUGCCCAUGGCCUUGCCGGACAUGAGCUCCUCCCAGACCGAGGAGGGUGUGGUGCCCCCAGGAUCUAAGUGCUUCGCCGUGCGGUCGCUGGGCUGGGUGGAGAUGAGCGAGGAGGAGCUGGUCCCAGGCCAGAGCAGCAUUGCCGUCAACAACUGCAUCCGCCAGCUCUCCCUGCACGCGCCCGAGCCUGAGCCCGAUCCUGCGGGCCCCUGGGGCCAGGGCCGGGACCUGCUGCUGGUGCUGGAGAGCGAGACGCUGCGGCUGGUGGACCCGCGGGGGCAGGCCCUGCUGCACGCCCAGCCCGUGGCCGGCAUCCGCGUCUGGGGCGUGGGGCGCGACAACGGCAGGGACUUUGCCUACGUGGCCCGGGACCAGCUGACCCAGAUGCUGAAGUGCCACGUGUUUCGGUGCGAGGCCCCGGCCAAGAACAUCGCCACCAGCCUGCAUGAGAUCUGCGCCAAGAUCAUGGUGGAGCGGCGCAGUGCACGGGCACUGACAAACGGCCUGGCGCUGGAUCACUCCAAGAUGGUGGAGAUCCCUUUCCAAGUGGAGUUUCCGGCACCCAAAAGUGACCUGGUGCAGCGGUUCCAAGUCUGCUACCUGGGCAGCGUCCCCGUCACCAAGCCCGUGGGCAUGGACGUGAUCAACACGGCACUGGAAUCGGCGCUGGCCAGCAGCAAGGAGCACUGGACGCCCGUGGUCGUCAGCGUGGCCCCUGCCACCCUCACCAUCACCCAUGAGCAGACGGGGGCGGUGCUGGGGGGGUGGCAGGAGCAGGCCCCCCUGAUGGCCGUGUCCCAGCAGACGGAGGCGGUGCUGUGCGAGUGCCGCGUGCGCUUCCUGUCCUUCAUGGGCGUGGGGCGUGAUGUGCGCUCCUUCGCCUUCAUCAUGGCCCGCGCCCCCGGCGACUUCCGCUGCCACUCGGUGUGGUGCGAGCCCAACGCCGCCGGGCUCAGCGAGGCCGUGCAGGCCGCCUGCAUGCUGCGCUACCAGAAGUGCUUGGACGCGCGGCCCCAGGCCACCACCUCCUGCCUGCCGGCACCGCCUGCCGACUCCGUGGCCCGGCGUGUGGGCUCCACCGUGCGCCGGGGCGUCCAGACCCUGCUGGGCAGCCUGAAGGCCAAGCGUCCGGGCACGCAGACGCCGUGAGCCAGCCCCAUGAGACCGGACCGCACGGGACGGCAGGGACGGGCGCAGCCUCGCCCCCCACCUGGGGCAGCCCCGGGGCCGGGACGCCGGGCGAGGGGGCGGGUGCGAGCAGACGGGGCGCCGUGGCCACAGUCAGCGCCAGCGCCGCCGGGGCUGGGCUGGGGGUCCCCACCUCGCACAGCUGGGGGGAGGGGGGACUCCUGGGGCUGCGGGCAGCGAGGGGCCUGACCUGCGCCCCGUGCAUGCGACCUAACCGCUGGUUAACCCCACGGGGGCAGGUGCUGGGGUGCCACGCAGGCUCCGGCCCCCAGCCACUAUCUCUGCUAUAACAAGAGAUCUGUGUUGUACUAAAUCGUUAAUAAACCCAUUCCACCA